AUGACAGUGGCGGAGGUGGCCGACUGGGUGGCUUAUGCCGUACAGCUCCCGCAGUACAGCGAAGUUUUCCGAACCAACUCUAUCUCGGGGUAUACGUUUCCGCUGCUGAUGGCGAACGACGGGGCGAGGCUGCAGGAGAUCGGGGUGCAUAGUGAACUGCACCGGCAUCAGUUGGCGAUGUUCUUGCAGAUGAAGUACCUCGGUAUGGGACGCAAACCUGAAGCGGUUGUGUCGAGCGUCUGCACAGUUGAAGGAACCACUUCACAGGAUAAGUCACUGGUUCAGAUUGCUUGGGUACCAGCUGAGAACGCCCCACAGCGCUAUCAAUUGCAGAGUCGAAGUCCUGGCGAGUCGACGUGGGUUCCGGUGUUUACUGGUGCAGACACGGAAUUUAUGGACGUGGUGGAGCCUGACCAGCACGUCGUGUACCGCCUUACGACCUGGAACUCGUACGGACGCAGUCCACACACACUGAGUUUGUGGGGUCUGCUGAAGGUAUACUUCUGGUGGCUGGACGACGCUAUCGUCAUCCUGCUGGUGGUAAUGCUGCCAAUCCGAGGAAUUAUCUAUGGCGAUGCGGAUUCGCUGCUUCGAUUGCUACGCCGAUUGCCGCCCAACAUGCCUACACGUGUGACGGUGGAAGUUGAGUCGAGCAAGACAACCGUGGAAAGUGCUGCUGCUCGGGUAUCAUGGGAGAAGCCGAUGGAUAACGGAGUUCCCAUCGUGUGCUACACUGUACGCUGGACUCGUACGAAGACUGAAGAAGUGAAGUGGAUCAAGCUGCUAGCGCUGCCGCUGCCGACGACAGUGAUCGUGGAGAAGCUUCAUCACGGGGAGACGUACAAGUUCGUUGUGCAGGCCACGAACCAGUUCGGGUUGGUGACGAGCUCGAGUCGGUCUACGUAUAUGGUGCCUGUUCCGGAGCUCAAGGGCAAGCUGCGUCCCCGUCAUCUUGCAUCGGAGCGUUCACUGCGCAACCAGUGCCACGUGUGCCAUGACCCGCGAUACAAGAAGAAGGUGCCGUUCACCGCGACUCUGGACCGGCGCAUCUUGCACUACUGCUGCUUAUGCGAUCGCGAGUUUUGCCACUACCACAAGGGAGAAGUGUAUCACACGAAGGCUCUGAGCUGUCCGAUAGUCGAUGGCCGGUGCAUCUGUGUCACCUGUAAAGAGAGCCGCCUGCACCGCACUGUCACGUACUGAGACGGGCUGGAGUCGUAGCAGGCUCUGGAUUAGUAUGCAGUAAUUGGAUAUAGCGGUCGCACAAAUUACAGCUUUACCUCU